AUGCAUUUUUCAAAAGUUCUACUGAAUGCUUUGCUUCAGCUUCUUCUUCUUCUUCUUCUUGAGCUGUACAAUUCUUGUAGCAUGAACAUCACUUUCAACCAAUCAAUCGGAGAUGGAGAUUUGUUACACUCAAUUAAUGAGACAUUUGUGCUUGGAUUCUUUAGUCCUGGGACAUCUAGGAAACGCUACGUUGUUCUUCAGCAUGGCAAUAGCCAAGGGCUUCCUCUGUGGUCUAGGAAUGUCUCCGCCUCACUGGGUCCAGUGGCACAUCUGCUGGAAUCAGGAAAUUUAGUCUUGGUUGGCCAACAAGAUGACAACCGGAACAUCUUAUGUCAGAGCUUUGAUCAUCCAACACAUGUUAUUCUUUCGAACAUGACCAAAGAUGACCCUGGCAUUGGGAGUUGGUCGUUAAGGACAGAACCCAACGGGAGCCCUCAGAUCGAUCCACUACAUACAAACACAAAGAAUUCUGACAAAGACGCAGACGACCUAACACGACAAAAUAGGAUGAUCAACCUACCAAGAGCGACUAGCCGACUAGUUAAGAACAAAACACCAGCCCCUGUUCAAAUCACCGCCGAGCAGAUCCUCCGGGAGGCCCGUGAGCAACAUGAGCCAGAUUUCCGGCCUCCCAGUCAAGGAAUCGAAAACGCAGCUGAGCUUGCAGAUCUUCGUUUCCGGAGACGUGAAGAGUUUGAGGACCGAGUCCGGGGAGCAAGGCAGAAUCUUAAUCUUUGGAUCAAGUAUGCGGAGAUGGAGAUUAAUAACAAACAAAUAAACCAUGCUAGGAAUGUGUUGGACCGUGCCGUCCAAUACUUGCCGAGAGUAAACCAGCUUUGGCGCAAGUACAUUCAUAUGGAAGAGAUGAUUGGGAAUCUAGCUGGCGCGCGACAGGUUUUUGAGAUGUGGAUGACUUGGAUGCCGGAGCAGGAAGCCUGGCUUUUGUUUGUGAAGUUUGAGGUCCGGUAUAAAGAAGUUGAGCUUGCUAGAAAGAUUUUCGAGAGGUUUGUACAAUGUCAUCCGAGAGCUGAAUCUUGGAUACGAUACGCCAAGUUUGAAGUGAAGAAUGGUGGUGAUGUUGUGAGGGCAAGGAAUGUGCUUGAGAGGGCAGUUCAGAUGCUAGCUGAUGAUGAACAGGCCGAGAAGCUGUUUGUUGCUUUGGCUGAAUUCGAAGAGCAGUGCAAAGAUACUGAUCGAGCAAGGUGUGUUUAUAAAUUGGUAUUGGAAGGCUUACCGAAAGGAAGAGCAGAGGAUUUGUUUGAGAAAUUGGUAUGUUAUGAGAAGAAAUAUGGGGAUAGAGAAGGGAUUGAUGAUGCAAUUGCCAGAACGAAAAGAAUUCAGUAUGAGGAAGAGGUUAGAAAGAAUCCACUAGACUAUGACUCCUGGUUUGAUUACAUAAGGCUAGAAGAGAAUGCAGGGAAUACGAAUAGAAUCCGAGAGGUUUACGAGAGCGCUGUUGCUAAUGUUCCUCCGGCUAAUGAGAAGCAGUAUUGGAAGCGAUAUAUAUAUCUGUGGAUUAACUAUGCACUAUAUGAGGAGCUUGAUAAGGAAGAUGUGGAACGUGCUCGACAGGUCUAUAGAGAGUGUCUUAAUCUGAUCCCUCAUAAGAAAUUCUCAUUUGCCAAAAUAUGGAUUCUUGCUGCCAAGUUUGAGCUGCGACAGCUGAAUCUCACUGGCGCACGGCAGAUUCUUGGUACUGCAAUAGGGAAGGCACCUAAAUUAGAGAUAUUUAGGACCUAUAUUGAGAUUGAGCUGCAACUUGGAUGCAUAGAUCGUUGUCGGAAAUUGUGUGAUAAGUAUCUGCUCUGGGAGCCGCACAGUUGUAAUGCAUAUAUCAAAUAUGCAGAGUUUGAGAGAGGUUUAGGUGAAACAGAACGAGCAAGAGCACUUUUAGAACUCGCAAUCAGCCAACGAGAACUUGACAAUCCUGAAUUGUUAUGGAAACAAUAUGCCAAAUUCGAGGCAGAAGAUCCUGCCGAGGAUGUUAAUGAUUUUCUUGUGGAGAAGAAACAAUGCAUCAAGCGUGCUAGAAGGGUAUUUGAGAGAGCUCUUAACUAUUUUCCAACUUCAGCACCUGAUAAGAAGGAAGAAAGAAGUAGAUUGCUAGAAGAAUGGUUGAAUAUGGAGUCUAGCUUUGGGUAUCUGGGUGAUGUUUGCUUAGUUCAACCUAGGCUGCCAAAGAAAGUAAAGAGGAGGAGGCAAACCAAAACUGAAGAAGGUUAUGCCGGGUACGAUGAAUACAUUGAUUACCUGUUCCCAGAAGAAAGUGAGACAAAAUAUUUGAAGAUUUUGGAAGCCGCAUACCAGUGGAACAAGAAGAGAAAAUUUUUGCCUAUAGAGGAUAAGGAGAUUUUGUACUAG